GCCCGGGAGCGGUCAUUUCCCACGACCUUUGCGCGGUGGGACAAGCGCAUCCUCACUGAGGAAGCCCACAGAUUUCGUGCGCCCCAAGACCACCGAGAAGCGCAGUUCGUCUCUGCGGGGCAAGAGCCCAGGACCCCGUGUGGAAGACCGACUGUCCCCCGCCACCCAGACGACCCAUGCCAGGCUCCUCCCCGGGCCACACAGCUCCUCUCAGGCGCGGGUUCUCCCCCUCGGAGGACUCCCAGCCGGGGGCGGUCUCCGGGGCUGGAGCGCGGGGGUCCUGGGAGGCGUCUGUAAGGCUGGGUCCCCGCCCUCCGCGCCCGCCCUCCUCCCUCCUCCCUCCGCCAGGCUCGGGCGGCUGGGCGCGCGGAGCAGGUGCGGGCUCUCGCAUGAGGCUGCCGGGGCCGCGGUGGUAGCCGCGCGGGCGCUCGCCCGCCCCUUCUCCGGGCCCCUCUCCGGCUCCGGCGCGCGGGGACAUGUCGGUGGUGACAGGCGGCGGCGAGGCGGCCGGCGGGGCCGGCGGCGGCGGGGCGCGCGUCUUCUUCCAGAGUCCCCGCGGUGGCCCCGGCGGCAGCCCGGGAUCCAGCCGCGGCUCGGGCUCCUCCAGGGAGGACUCGGCGCCGGUGGCCACGGUGGCCGCCGCCGGCCAGCAGCAGCAGCGACGCCACCAGCAGGGAAAAGUGACGGUGAAAUACGACCGCAAGGAGCUUCGGAAGCGGUUGGUGCUGGAGGAAUGGAUCGUGGAGCAGCUGGGUCAGCUGUACGGCUGCGAGGAAGAAGAAAUGCCAGAUGUAGAAAUCGACAUUGAUGAUCUUCUAGAUGCUGACAGUGAGGAAGAAAGAGCUUCAAAACUACAGGAAGCCCUCGUAGACUGCUAUAAACCAACAGAGGAAUUUAUCAGAGAGCUGCUGUCCCGAAUAAGAGGCAUGAGGAAGCUGAGCCCUCCGCAGAAGAAGAGCGUAUGAUUUUUGCAACAGGGUAGAAAUCUCUCGGAGACGAAGAAAGCGACCUGGGAUUUGGACUUCUGGAUACUUUUAUUAAAUAACCAUAGUUGUCUUUUACAAACAACAUCUUUUGGUGUGUAUGUGUGAGUGGGGGGGUUAGACAUUUAUUCAAAAGUGUUCCUUCUUUUGUUGUUUUCAUUACUGUAACAUUUUAACGGCAAAGCUAUCACAACUCGGACUGCAGCCCAACCAAGAACUAUCAAGGCAGUUGCAUCUGAAAGGAUGGAUGAAGCCAGGCAGUGUUUUCUGUAAGGACUCGGCAGUAACUUAGGAUCUUAUGACACAGGGAAGAUAGUUUUCUUACAGUCAGUUUGGUAAGACGUUUUUUAAGUUAAACUUUUGACUUAGAUGUCAAAAAAAUGUCUCAUACUUGUAUAUAUCUACAAACACUAAGUUUAUAACAGGGACGUGAGUUCUAUUUCAUGGUGAUGGAAUAAGCCUAUGCUUGUCCUGUUGGAUGAGGUCAUAGCAUGUGUGUUUUAAGAUGCCUCCGGGCAUUCUUCAUACAAGUGUGGUCCACCAUCAGCAUCCACUUUCUGCACCAAAGUGAAAAAAUUUGAUGUGUCCAUUAUUGUAACAAGCCAUACAGCACACAUGUUGAGUUGGUCAAGGGCUUCAUUUACAGACUUUUAUUGUUUCGUUGGUUGAGAUGCUUUGCCAGGUCAUGUACUUAUUGCCUCAUUGUGGUCUUUUAAAGUUUUAUGAAUUCUUAGUUUUGAAAACCAACCUGAUUUCUAAGGAAAUGCCCACAGUUCCUGAACAGAGUUUUGCAAUGGAGAAAGGAAGCCCUGUGUGGCCACAGGCUCUCUGCUUUCAAUGCAAUACUGUGUAUUAUUAUCUCUGUUGAUGAAAGCGGGUCAAGAGGAAACCAACAGAUGCAUCUUCUUUCUUAGAGGUAGAACGUGGCCCCUUCUGUGCCUGGGUACCAUCAGUCCAGAGUUGUGGACUGAGUAUUGAGAAAAUGGGGAGAUGGGAAGGCCCCUCGAGGCAUUUGUUGGUUUAGAAGUAUGGCUUCACCUCUGGUUUCUCUCGGUGGUUCAUGGUCCUAACUGUGACCUUGAUUUCCACGUUAGGAGCUAGGUCUGAGUGCCUACCCUAGCCCCUCAAUUACCAACCCUUUGGAGAAGAUUUAAAAUUCAUAUGGGAUGUAGGCAAGGUGAAAGAUGAGUAGAAACCCUUCCUUCCAGCAAGCCCCUUCUGUCUCUGCCUGGAAACCCUGCCUGCUGUAAGAAUUCUCCAAGUGGCCUUGUCUGAAGACAGGGAUGGGGCAAUUUAUAUCAAGGGUGCUUUGAACAUAUUUUAUUUUUUAAAAGAACUAUGUUUGUGAAUUUUCCGUAUACUGGCAAGCUUUUGGAAAUGUAUUUAAUUUUGUAAUGUUUACCAAUGAUUUAUUUACAAGCUAUUUACUCAAAUAAAGGGAGCUGCUUA